CUGCUUUGUUUUUCGCAAAAACAAAGCGAAUUCUUUAUUAAGGAAUUUAAAUGACAAUUUAGUCGCAGAUAACAAUGGAAACAGCCCAGGCGACUCAGCCGGCUGAGGCGGUGAGUCCAGAGAAGGAGAAAAAAGUGGAUUCAGGACAGGAAACCAACGAUGCAGCGGAAAAAACGAGCGACGUGGAUGUGGCUUUACUGGAUCUCCAGAUGGAAAAGACCAACGGAAAAAGUGAAAUCCAGAGCGAUGUACCCGAAGUCCAUAAUGAGGUCAAAUUGGUGGAGGAUCUAAAAGCUGCCGUUCUGGAUCAGCUGCCCAUCGAGGAAGGAGUGGCUGCUGAACUGACUGUGCGAUUUAAGGACCUACAGACGCAAGAGAAGGAGCAGGAGGUGGAACUUGAGUUGGAGCUGGAAGCCAAUCAAUCAAAACCCCCGCAGAAUGAUAUACUCUCCCACGUUCACUGCCUGGCUCAGUUGGAGGAGCAACGCCGCAGCUUUGAACAACAGUUGGAUCAAUUACGUACAUCCAAUCUCCAAAAGGACAAUAUGAUUACCCUUAUCCAAAGGGAAAAUGCCAUACUAGAUAAGGAGAAGCAGGCGGCGCGCAAGGAAAUGGACAUGGCCAACAAGGAGAAAGAGUCCACCGUAAUAAAAUUUGCCAUGAAGGAGAAGCUUCUCAUCGAUGCCAAGAAGGAAAAGGAGGCGGUGGAAAAGCAGUUGGCGGAGGCCAAAAAAGAGGUUAAGAACAUAUCCACAAAAUUUGUGGCUGUAAAUGAAGAAAAGUCACGUAUGACGUAUAUCAUCGACGAAAAGUGCAACGAAGUAAGGAAAUAUCAGAGGGAGUGCGAGAAGUACAAAACGGAAAUUAGUCACUUGGAAUCAAAGCUUAAAUAUCAUAUAAACAAGCUGAACUAUGAGACAGAAGCUAAGGCGGUCGUUGAACGAAAGUUGGAAGAGGAAAGGAAUGCCCCAAACAAACUUGAAGAAAAGGCCAAUGAAAAGCUGAAGAUGGAAUUUGAAGCAAACACAAUACUCUUGAAGCACGAGAUCACAAGCAAGACUGAGGCUCUGGAAAAAAUGACCAAGGAACAGCAAAAGUUAAACGAAACUAACAAGGAACUACAGCAACAGCUCCAAGAGAUUACAACUGCACACAACCAAUUCACAGUGGAUAUGAAUUGGUUACAGGAACAACACAAUUUUGUUGAGGCUUCCUAUAGCGAUGAACUGUUGAAUUCUGCAAAACUUAGAGGACAAUUGGAGGAACUUCAACUAUUGAAGACUCAAAAUACAAUAAAUGAAGAGAAGUUGGCCGAGGAGCAGACCCGCAUUGAGCAACUAGAGGCCUUAGCGGUAGACAACGAAACCGAUCUGCAGGAACUGAAGGUCAAAAAGCAGGAGCUCCUCACAAUCAACAAGGAAAUGAGUGAACUAAUAGUGCGUCUUCAGAAUGAUAUAUGUUUAGCGGAAUCCAAGGCCCAAGGGUUGGAGGCUGAGAAUAAAUUGUUGAAGCAAGAAAAGCUUAGCUACGAUACCAAGUACAAUCAACUGGAGCAGCAACUCAGCUCGGAGGCGGCGGAGAAGGGGGAGGAGCGUUUAAUUUUAGCCAAGCAUUUAUCAGAAAAAACCAAACUAUAUGAACUGACCAAGCAGAAGCUAGAAGAUGUACUGGGCGACUUUGAGGCCACCCAGCACAAGCAUACCACAAUGGUGAAGGAGCUUCAUCGAGAGUUGAACAAGUACAAAAAAGGCAUUUCAGAACCAAAGUCUCCCAUUGCAUACUGCAGCAAUUGUCAGCAGGCGCUAAAUGGCUACCCCACAGAGCACGUCCCUCAGAAUCAGCGCAGCCACAGUCGAUCCAGCAGCCAUGGUAGCAUGCACAGCGGUAGCAGGAGAGCCAGCGAAUCAUCCGAAUCAGAGACGGUAGCCAGCACUGCCACAACGGUUCAACCACCGCCAUCUAUUUCCUCUGGACAACCGGAUCUUCAAGCGGUACCUUCCAAAAAAGUCCUGGUAGAACGAAUUCUACGUCUGCAGCAAGCCACUGCUCGGCAAACAGAGCGAAUUGAGUUCCUCGAAAAUCAUACAGCUGCCCUGGUGGCCGAGGUCCAAAAGAAAUCUAAAGUAGUGCAGCAUUACAUGCUCAGGGAUCAGACGGCUGGGGCCUUGACCACCUCCCGCAGUGACCAAAACAAGAGCGAGCUGGUCAAGUACGGAAACGGCAUUAUGGCAGCCAUCUACGGAGGAUCUUCAAAGGCCGGAGGUGAAAACAAAGCCAUGUCGCUGGAGCUAUCUCUGGAGAUUAACAAGAAGCUGCAGACAGUACUCGAGGACACGCUCCUGAAGAAUAUUACGCUUAAGGAAAACCUGGACGUUCUAGGCCUGGAAGUAGAUAACCUCACGCGGAAGUUGCGCGCCUUGGAAGCCUCGAAAUGAUGCCAGUAUUCCCAUCCAUUGUAUUCCAUUCCACAGUCUAUCCCAUGUACAGAUAGUUUACAAAUUCGUUGUGCUUAAGAUU